GUUUUCAGCGCACGCCGCCGGCGCCUGCCCUAGGGCUCCGCUCCAUUACCAACUUGCCUCUCGCGUCGCCGCUUGUACGGAUCGGACUUGAAAAUGCCUGAGCAUCUCUUCCAGGACUCCUUCAAAGUCAUCGGGCUCGAUCCUGAUGGUAAAAAGUUCGACAAAGUCUCUCGCGUGGUAGCUGAGAGCGAGGAUUCUAGUAUAUACAUGCAGUUAGAUGUUGCCAUAGAGGUUUAUCCAAUGUGCAAAGGCGAGAAAUUUAAAAUGGUCCUAGCUAGUACUCUGAAUUUGGAUGGCACUCCAGAUACUGGCUACUUCACACAGGCUGCCCGAGAAACACUGGCUGACCAGUUUGACUAUGUCAUGCACGGGAAGCUUUACAGAAUCUCAGAUUACACACCAGCCCCACCCCCACCCCCCAAAAAAGAUGAAGAAGACACCUCCAUGGAAGAUGCAGACGACGACUCCUCCAAAAAAGAUGAAGACACCUCCGCCAAAAAUGAUGAAGACACCCCCAAACAAGAUCCUAAAGUGGAGAUUUUUGGAUCAUUUGGUGGUCUCCUGAUGGUGCUCAGGGGUGAGCCUUCCAUUGCUGGAAGCUUUGAGCUGGACCAGAGGAUUUUCCUACUUAUACGCAAGCUUAAGGUGUAGAAGAAGUAGGUCAGGAACGGGAAAACUCCAUUAUUAGUAUCGUCUUGCAUGCUGGUAUAGUUCAUUUCAAGGCUUUUUGUUUGGCCAUAUACUAGUAGUGAUGUCUUGUUAAAUUUUAAACCAUGCAAUGCAAUGCAUGGUUCC